AUGAAUGGCCUUAGUAGCUUACUUGAUUUUCAUAAAAUCUCCAACCCUACAUGGCAAGGCAGAGGAUUAAAAUCACAAAUAGAUGAUAUCUGGGUUUCGUCGAAUAUCUUGUUGGAUAUAGAUACUCCAGAUCUAAUCAUUGCCACUGGGAUUUCAGAUAGUGAUCAU